AUGAGUGUUUUUAUAGGAAAUUUGCCAGAUUCCUUCGAAAAGAAGUUUUUUGAAGAUAUAUUCAGAAAAAUUGGGCCUUGCUCGAUUAAUUACUUUGUAAGAGAUAUAUAGGGUAAAUUUGCUUUCAUCGAAUUUAAUACAGAAAUAGAUGCUUAUGAAUCUAUAAGAAGAUAUAAUGGAAAGAACCUUUUUGGAAAAAUAGUUAGGUUAGAGAUAUCACAAUCAAUCCCGCUACCACAGAAAAUCCCAAGAGCAAGAAUCUCAGAAGACCAGCAAAGUCCAUCAAAUCUUUUCAAAACGAAAAUCCAAAAAAUUGGCGACUUUUCAGAGAUAGAGCAAACAAAAAUAACUAAAAAUCCAGAAAAUCAAUCAAAUCUAAAUCUCUUAUCGCCCCCUCCUACUAUAGAAGUGCCAUCACCUUUCUUAAUGUGUCGGCCUCCCAUCAAUGAAAAAGAAGAACUACAUAAAGAAAUAGAAACAGUUCAAAGUUCUUCAAAGAAUGAUAAUGCUACAUGCGAAAUUGCAGCGGAUACUCAAGAAAUAAAGCAGGAAUCCUCAUCAAUAGACUCAGAUGAAAUUUUUGAAAGCCAAAUGAGAAAGGAAGAAAUAAAAAACCCAGAGAGCGAAGAAGAAAUCUCUUCACCAAUUGUUAGCACAGACAAAAUUUCAGAAAGCUUAGAAGCUGUUAAAGAAGAGCCUGAAAACUUAGAAUAUUCAGGAUCAGAAAGAAAGCAAAGCGAUGUAGGCUCAGAAGAUAAUGCCUCUGUAAAGAGCUAUAAUUCUCAAGACUAUGGUGAGCCAUCAUCUCUUAUGAUAAGAAGAUCUAAAAGAAUUUUGCUACGAAAAUUAAAGCUUGCGUCAAUUGCUGAGGACGUCCAUGAAGCAGGAGAUGAAAAUGUCAAAGAUGACGACUUAUUUGAGGCAAGUGAUAAAAGUGUUUUCAAGCUGCUGACAAAAAAUAAAAACCCUAAAUUGAAUGAAGUUCUUUGUAUGUCCUGCAUGAAAACAAUGAAGCAUUCGUAUAUUGAAAAGCACAUAAAUGCAAAAAUUCAUGCGAGAUCUAUUCUCAAAGGCAUCAGCCAAUAA